AUGGCUGACGAAUAUUUCCAAAGAAAUCCUGAAGCAAGGCAUAAACCGAGACUUGCUGCUGAAAACAUUGGUCGUCAAAGUGAUGGCAAAACGUGGGUAUUAAACGAUAAUUGCCAGAUUGAUGCAGAAGGCAAUCAGCUGGAUGACAAUGACAGCAGAUACAUAUGGAUGGGGGA